AUGUCCGAGUUGCGCUUCGAUAACCAGACCGUCGUCGUCACCGGUGCUGGCGGCGGUCUGGGGAAGGCCUACGCCCUCUUCUUCGCCGAGCGCGGUGCCAACGUCGUAGUGAAUGACCUUGGUGGCUCUCACAAGGGUGAUGGCAAGUCAUCAAAGGCGGCAGAUGUCGUGGUCGACGAGAUCCGCGCCGCCGGCGGCAAGGCGGUCGCCAACUACGACAGCGUCGAGAACGGCGAGGCGAUCAUUGAGACCGCCAUUAAGAAUUUUGGCCGCGUCGAUGUGCUCCUCAAUAACGCCGGUAUCCUGCGGGAUAUCAGCUUCAAGAACAUGAAGGAUGAGGAUUGGGAUUUGAUCAACCGGGUGCACACCUACGGUGCCUACAAGUGCGCACGCGCCGCGUGGCCUCAUUUCCGGAAACAAAAGUAUGGCCGGAUCAUCAACACCGCCUCGGCCGCUGGCCUGUUCGGCAGCUUCGGCCAGGCCAACUACUCGGCUGCCAAGCUGGGUCAGGUUGGUUUCACUGAGACCCUGGCGAAGGAGGGUGCCAAGUACAACAUUAUCGCCAACGUCAUUGCUCCCAUUGGUAAGCUAGGACACCACUCCACGGAUUGGGAAAAGAGAUGA